AUGACCGAGGGCACACUGGCAGCGGACGAGGUCCGGGUGCCCCUGGGCGCUUCACCUCCAGCCCCUGCAGCGCCGGUGAGGGCUUCCCCAGCGAGCCCUGGGGCUCCGGGGCGCGAGGAGCAGCGAGGAUCCGGGUCGGGCGUGUUGGCUCCCGAGAGCCCAGGGACCGAUUGUGGUGCGGACCUGGGUGCCGACGAGGAACAGCCCGUCCCAUACCCGGCUCUGGCUGCCACAGUCUUCUUCUGCCUCGGGCAAACCACGCGGCCGCGCAGCUGGUGCCUCCGACUGGUUUGUAACCCAUAUCCUUACAGGGUUGGCAGGGCGCUGGGGACUGGGGUGUGGGACUCCUCUGCGUACGCCCUGUGA